AUGCUUCUUGGGUGGCAAAAGGUGACGCUCCACCUACACCCGCUGUCGAUCCAUCAUGUGGAACGAGACCAAACUAUCGACCACGAAUAUUAUAUUGACAACUGCCUGCGACCUCUUGUCGAAGAAAUCAAGCACCAACGACUUUCGUAUGGUACAAAUCGCAUUCUUCUUCAUCGUGACAAUGGCAAACCACAUAUUCAUCGGGAUAUGUCUAGUUAUCUUGAAUCUGAAGACCUUACAAUCACACGUCAUCCGCCAAAUUCCCCUGAUUUAUCACCAUGCGAUUUCUGGCUAUUCGAUUCGAUCAAACUGAACUUAAGCGAUCAAACCGAUUCUCAAUCAUCACAUGAUGCUACAGAUGAGUUUAUGUACUCGUUGGAUCAGGAAGAAUAUCGAAAAACGUUUGACAAAUGGAUCGAGAGAAUGCAGUUGUGUGUCGAUAAUCAAAGUGACUACUUUGAACAUUUCAUGAAAUAA